AUGAGCAAUGCUUUGCCUGUCGUCAGCGUGUUGAUGAGCUAUGCUUUGCCUGUCGGUAGAGUGUUGAUGAGCUAUGCUUUGCCUGUCGUUUUCACCCUGUGCUCAGGAGAGGAAUAUUGUGGGGAUUACCUUGUAUCUGGUCCCCAGGGAGUCCCGGACUCGGCCUUGUCUGCGUCAUCAUUUGAUGAUUUCAACGGUUUACAUCAAAAUCCUGCCUGUGGUCGUCUGUACAUGUACGAAGAAAGGUCGUCAAGCGAGUGUUCUGCACCUAAUGCAGCAGCAUGGUGUGGCAAAGUAGGGGACACAUACCCCUAUAUACAGGUGAAAUUUAAUGAUGUCAAAAAGAUUGCUGGUGUGGCUCUUCAACGGCGUAAAGUACCUUAUUUGACAAAUCACGAUGUUAGCACAUAUCAGGUUUUGGUCAGUGCAGACGGUGAUGAUUGGGAGUAUGUGUCGUCAGAGGGCGUCGAUCAGACGUUUUAUGGUCCGACAGACGCCGCGGAGGACACAAUAACGCACAGCGUCUUUAGCUCACCUGUAUUAGCUCGGUAUGUCCGUAUCAAACCCAUGAGCUGGACUAAACCACCACCUUAUCCACCCUGUCUGAGAUUUGAUGUUAUCGGAUGUGCCCAGGUACAAGAUACCGGAAAGCGACGAUUUGCUUACCUCCCUUUGCCAGCUGGAUCCAUCCAUGAGAGCGAUAUGAUAAAGGAAGAACAUGCAAAUGAUCUUCGGGAAUGUAGCAUCCGGUGUCAUCGUGACGUCACGUGUCGCUCGUUCUCCUACAGCGACACAUACAGCCAGUGUAAGACAUACAACGUCAACAAGUACACUCGGUUGGAGUCAGGAGUGGACGAGAAGAUUUCGGACAAACCCAAUCUCUACUACUUUGACAUGACUUCAAUAGACCUGCAUAUGAUAAUUGAUCCAGAAACUCGGAUUAUUUACAAGGUUAUUACCCAGCGGCACAACAAGGAGGAAGCUAUGUUAGCUUGUGCCAACUUCGAGAUGAGACUACUAGUAGUCAACUCUCAAGAAAAACUCGACCUCCUAUAUCGGGUGAAGUCAUCUAGUCUGGCCCUCGGCACGUCAUUGAGGGUGAAUGGAGGAUGGUAUGCGUUUGAAGGAGUGGCCGGUUGGUGGGACGGAGGAAAUCCACCUCGGCCUGUUAAGAAGGAACUGGUGAGAUGGAACACCGCGAUAGAGACCGAAGCUGAUUGCUUACUUUACAAUAGAAAUGAACUCAGAAGGAACAAGUGUUCAAAAACGCAAUUCUCGAUCUGUGAGAUAUGACUUAAUUGACACAAUCUGACAUAAUUAUGACAGUAUAUUUCUAUUAUUUAUGUGUUAUCAAUAACACAAACAUAUUUGCAUAAUUUCUUUGUAUAAAUUGGCAGCUGGGUCGCCAUUUGCCCACUUCUUAUAUAAACAUAUACAUGUACCUGUAUUUACAUGUGCCUUUCCCCUUUUGUUACCUGUGUCACCUUAGCAACCUCAGGCCGGUGUCUGAUACUUUUUCUUGUGAUGGUAUUACAUUUUAAUCAAAAU